CAAUCGGGUAUGGGGGGGACUACUUUCCGUUGAGGAGGUGAGCGUGCGUGUGCGUCUCGCGGUCGAGACCUCGCGAGAGAGAAAAUGAAAUCUGAAAUGGUUAUUGCCGCGCUAUGACCCUAAAAAGUAAAUGUUUCUCUUUGUCCGUGAGUGAAUAAUAAACGAUUGGUCAGGCAAAAUGGAGGGCAGCGUGUCUAAGAACGGGACUGCAAUAGCACCAGAACUGUACUUCCUAAUUGCCAAAUUCUUAGCGGCGGGACCAUGUCGUGAGACCGCAGAGGUGUUGAAGCGUGAAUUGGAGCGAGCUAAGGUUUUGCCGCAAAGGAAAGAUUGGGAAGGGCAUGUGCAUAAUCAAACAUUUGAAGAGUUGGAAAAGAAAUAUCCUCAUAUUGGACCAGAACAUUUACUACAAAUAUGUGCCAGAAUUGGUCCAGUGUUAGAAAAGGAGGUACCUCCUUGUAUACCAGGAGCAAUAUCUCUUCUUGGAGCAGGAAGACAAUCUUUAUUACGUACACACGAAGAUGUUUUACGUCAAGUGCACAGUAUCACUUCGUAUUCUGGAAGAAUAGGUGGAAAACCUUUCAUGGAAUCAUCUUAUAGCUUAUCAGUGCCUAAUAUAGUACAUGUACUUCAAGGAAGGGAAAAUUCAGGACCUCUUAGUAGAAGGGAGGCAGUACCUACAAAGUUCUAUAAUAAAAUGCAAUUGUACAGACAUACUUUAGGACAUUUAUCUGCAGUAUAUUGUGUUCUUUUUGACCGCACUGGCAAAUAUAUAAUAACUGGUGCAGAUGACUUACUAGUUAAAGUAUGGAGUUCUAUCGAUGGACGAUUACUAGCUACUUUUCGAGGUGCAUCUGCUGAAAUUAUGGAUAUUGCAGUUAAUUUUGAUAACUCUCUACUUGCUGCAGCAAGUCUAGAUAGAAUAUUAAGAGUUUGGUGUUUUCAAACAAUGUCUCCAAUAGCAGUUCUUUCUGGACAUUCUGGUAUGAUUACAUCUGUCAAUUUUUGUCCUAUAUCUUGCAACGGUGUGUACUAUUUAGUUUCCACAAGCACAGAUGGAUCAGUUGCAUUUUGGUCUCAUACAAGAAAGGGAAAUGAGAGAGCAAUAUUUCAGCCAAAACCAAUUCAAUACCAUGAAAAAAUGCGGCCUGGUCAAGCACAAAUGAUUUGUGCAUCGUUUAGUCCUGGUGGAGCAUUUAUGGCAGCUGGUUCAGCAGAUCAUCAUGUUAGAGUAUAUGCAAUGUUAGGAGAUGAAGGUCCACGUAGAGUUUUAGAAGUUGAAUCUCAUUCUGAUACUGUUGAUAGUAUACAAUGGGCACAUAGUGGUUUAAAGUUUAUUUCUGGUUCUAAAGAUGGUACUGCAAAUGUGUGGCACUUUGAACAGCAACAGUGGAUGUAUAAACGAUUAUUGAUGACCACGAAACUCCCAGGCGAAGUGGAGACAGAAGAUGAUACUAACAAGAAAGCUAAAGUGACCAUGGUUAGUUGGGAUGUGAGUGACGAAUGGGUUAUCACCGCUGUGAAUGAUAGUUCACUGAAAGUAUGGAACGCGAAGUCAGGCCAACUGGUAAAAGUUCUUCGUGGACAUAAAGAUGAAGUUUUUGUGUUAGAAUCUCAUCCAAUAGAUCCUCGUGUUAUAUUAAGUGCUGGACAUGAUGGACAACUUAUAAUUUGGGAUGUAUUAAAUACAGAACCAAUAGCCUGCUUCCAAAAUUUUAUUGAAGGACAAGGCAAUGGUGCUGUAUUUGAUGCAAAAUGGUCACCAGAUGGGACAAUGUUGGCAGCAACGGAUUCUCAUGGGCAUCUUUUGAUAUAUGGAUUUGGAUCUGGUGUUCAAAAACUUAAAAUAAUACCAAAAGAAUUAUUUUUCCACACGGAUUAUAGACCACUAAUACGAGAUGCAAAUAAUUAUGUUUUGGAUGAACAAACUCAGACAGCACCUCAUUUAAUGCCUCCACCAUUCUUGGUGGAUGUAGAUGGAAAUCCUUAUCCACCAGAAUUGCAAAGAUUAGUUCCUGGAAGAGAAAAUUGUAGAGGGGAACAGUUAGUUCCAAAUAUUGCAGUAGGUGCUGGAGGAAUGCAGGAAGUUAUAGAAGGCCUACCAGCUCAAGAACCGCGGUCUAAUAUUGAUCAAUUAAUUGAAGCUCUUGCACAAAGGCAAAAUAUUAAUCCCGAAAGAGAAGGUGGUGGUGACGAUAGAGAUGAAAAUGUAUUGGAGCAACCAAUUCGUCAAAUGGCUAGUCCUCGAGGGAGUAGAUCAGGGUUGAGAAGAGUUGGUGAUGUUGAAGGUGUACGACAAAGUAGCGGUAAUUGGCAAAGAGAUAAUACUACACCUUGGAAUAAACCUAUUCUUGCUCGACCCAUGAAUCCAGCUAUUAGGGAAACACAAUACAGAGCUAUAAAUGCAAUGGCAGACAUGGAACUUGAGAAUUGGAGACGUGAGAUGCGAAGAAGGCCACAGCCAGUGUCUAAUACUACCAAUACCGAAGGUAAUAUAGGUAGUCGAUUAGCAAAUAGGAAACGCAAUAGAACUGCUAGACACGGAUAUAGGACUAGAGCUACACGUGGUGACGAACAAGAGGAAGAGGAAUUUGAGAAUCCUGACAAUGGAGGAACUACAGGAAGUUCAGCCAGUAGUAAUAGUAAUGACUCCACAGCACAUGAAGAAGACUUGUGUUCUGAUAGUUCUAGCUCUGAAUCUAGUACUGAAUAUUCAGAUUGGAUUGCUGACCAUGGUUUAAAUUUAGAGCCACCAAAAAGAAGUAAACGCAAGCCUGUAAAAAAGCGAUCUCUUACACCACCAAGCGACACAGAUAGAAGACGCAGUAGACGUCCUAAGAAAAAGGCUGUCCCGGUGCCAAAUGGAAUUGAUGAAAUCCCAGAAGUCUUUAGACCUUCUGAAUGGCUCACUGAAAUAAUACCAAGGAAAGCUCCUUAUUAUCCACAAAUGGGUGACGAAAUAGUAUAUUUCCGACAAGGGCAUCAAUUUUAUUUAGACGCUGUUAGAAAUAAGAAAGUGUAUGAACUCGGACCACGAUGUGAACCAUGGAAUAAAGUGAAUAUAAGGGCACAGGAAUUUGUAAAAGUAGUGGGUAUCAAAUACGAAAUUCGUCCACCUCGAUUAUGUUGUUUAAAAUUAGCAUUGAUGGAUGAAGACGGUCGAUUAACAGGAGAAAAUUUUACUAUUAAGUAUCAUGAUAUGGCUGAUGUAUUGGACUUCUUAGUUCUACGUCAAACAUUUGAUACUGCUUUGGCACGUAGCUGGUCUGAAGGAGACCGAUUUCGUUGCAUGAUCGACGAUGGCUGGUGGAUGGGACAAAUACAGUCGAUGGAACCUUUAGAUGAAGAUUUUCCGGAAUCAUUUUUCAUGUGUUUUCGCGUGAGAUGGGACAAUGGUGAAUAUGAAAGAAUGAGUCCCUGGGAUCUUGAACCAAUCGAUGAAAACAGACUUCCUGCAGAACUUGGGGGUGCCGUUCCUGUGCUUCCGGAAGAGAUACAGACAAUACUGUACCAGCCUCAUGCAGAAGAAUGGCCUAUGGGAGAUAGAGAAGCAACGUGCCGCAGAAUUAUACGUGGAUUAGAUCAAGUGAUGAGCCUUGCAAUCGCAGAACCUUUUGUUGCACCUGUUGAUCUCAAUACUUACCCUUCAUAUGCGUUUGUUGUGGAAUAUCCUAUUGAUUUGUCAACCAUAAAGGCCCGUUUUGAAAAUCAUUUCUAUCGAAGAAUCACAUCCGCACAAUUUGAUGUUAGGUACUUAGCAACAAAUGCAGAACAAUUCAAUGAGCCGCAUAGUCAAAUAGUGAAGCAAGCAAGAAUAGUUACCGACCUAUGUCUACGUAUCAUAAAAGAAACUACAGAAGUGGAUGUGCCAGCUAUUUAUCAUCAAUUACUUGAUACAUAUCAUUCUUCUGAUUCGGAAGUUGACAUGGAAGAUGACAAAGAUAAACCAUCGACAAGCACUCAAAGAGCAACUUCAAGUAGAAGUUUACGGUCACAAGAAGUGUCAAAUGAUUGGCAGCUAGCUUGUAGACAGUUGUUAGAAAUGUUAUGGCAAUGUGAAGAUUCUAUUCCUUUCAGGGAACCGGUUGAUAGAUUAGAACAUCCAGAUUAUCAUCAGAUUAUAGAUACGCCGAUGGAUUUACGUACAGUAAAGGAAGAUUUAUUAGGGGGUAAUUACGAAACGCCCUUGGAAUUUGCCAAAGAUAUGAAAUUAAUAUUUACAAAUAGCAGAAAUUAUAACACUAAUAAGCGUUCGAGAAUAUAUUCAAUGACAAUAAGAUUAUCGGCCAUGUUCGAGGAACAUAUGCGGAAAAUUAUUUCAAGUUGGAAAUCUGCCAGAAGACGUAAUAAUAAUAGAUCAAAUGUAAAAGGAAAAGGAAAGAAGGGUAAAGUUCGGUUACCAAAUGGGACAGGACCCCCAAAAUCAAAAACCGCUUGUACAGAUGAUGAUGAUGAUGACGACGAUGAUGCAAACAGUGAUGAUGACGAUACAGAGGAAUUGGGAAAGAAAAAUGAUUCUAAUGUGUUUGAGCCAGGACCAUCGCGUAUGACAAAUGGCCAUAGCAAACGAUCUGGUAAUUCAUCUCGAAUGUUGAAAUUACGUAUUUCUAGAUCUACUGUGGCUAAAAAGACAAAAGAAAGUGAAAGUGAAGCCAGUGAAUCAGAUGCUUCCAUAGAUAGUGAAAGUAGUGGUAGUGUGCCAGUAAGAAGGACACGAGCAAGAAAGACAGUAGCUAGUGCAAGUACAGAUAGUGAUUCUGGAGAUAUAUAUACACCUAGUGGUCGUGAAAAGCAAACUCGAAAAAAUCGCACCAAAAAUAACAAAACCAGUAAGCCAGGAAAGUCCAAGUCGAAAUCAUUUGCUCCUGUUGAUGAUGAUGAUGAUGAAGAUGAGGAGGAUGAACGAUUCGUUGCGCCUGAGUCAUCAGAGGAAGAAAGUGAAGAAGAAGUUAUUAACAAAAGUAGCACGAGAUCACGAAAACUUGCAUCUGCGUCUGAACACGAGGACAAUGUCACGAAGAAUGGGAAAGACAAUGAAAGUCAAAGCGAAGAAGAUGAAGAUGAUGAGGAAGAAGAGGAAGAACAAUCUCAACAUAAUCAAGAUUCGGACACUGAAGAUUCAGAUAAAGUUUUUGCACCAUCUAGAUCACAAAGAAGAGUUCGUGCAACAAGAGAAACGCGUAUUCAUGAAACUACUCAAAACUCUAGAAGAACUACAAAACGUCCUCGUUACAAUGAUGAAAGUGACGAAAGCAAUACAAUGCCUGUUCGAAAUCGACGUAAAAUUAAGCGUCAAUUCUACGCGGAACAGAGUGAUGAGAGUUUGCCAGAACCUGAAAAUGCACCAGGCAUUAGUAUAAGUAGUAGGGGACGUGUACGAAAAAUGACAGCAAAAGUCCGGGAAUUUUUUAAAUCGAAUUGAGUAUCAUCCUAUCAGCAUCUUUUGUGCUAGUACUAAAAGUGUAAAUUAUUGAUCUUUCAAGAAUUGAUUCUUGCAAAACAUUUAAGAAUAGUGUAAAAAUUUUAAAUGUUAUUUGAUAAUGUUUGUUCUUUGAAACAUGCGAUUGUAUCCAUAUUAGCAGCGUUACACGAAGUGCGUGUAUGCCAGGAUAUUAUUUGCCUGAGAAUCUUAGCAUAAGGUUACUGUAUAGACUGUACGUAUGAACACUUGAGAUUGUCAUAGCAAUUCAUGAUACACACUGCUACAAAGUACUUCCAUUAUUAUGAAGCACGUUGAUAAUGUUAUUUUUUUAUGUUCAAAUACAUCAUCGAACGAAUAAUGUGUAAGGCAGAUUUAGAUAGCAAGCGGAAACAGUGGAACUUCAUGGUAUUUCUUUCGUUCUCAUGAUUAUUCAUAUACAGUUUUAAAUUUAAUAAUGCUACUGGUUCUCCAUGUAAGGAUAUGUAUAAUUUCGACUCACUCCUUAUUCCCGUUGUUUGAAAUGCAAUAACAGCUAAAUCGUUAUGUGUUUCAAUGAAUGAUUAUUUUUGCAAAAUGUUUCAAAAUGUUAUUAAUAUAUACUGGUUAAAGGUACAGAUAGAUGAAUAUUCUUUACAAAUUCUGAAUUUCUAUACGACGAUAGCAAACAAAACUAAAUAGUAUGUAAUAGUGUUUGUAUUAGAUUGUUAAAAAAGUAUGUUAUUGUACCUGGAAUUUCAUGAAUAAUGCGCAUCUUGAUCAGGGAAUGUAUCUGUAAGAUUAGCUUAAAUAUUUCGAUCUUCUGCUUGUUUCAACGAAGUCAAUUGACAAAUGAAAAGCUACUUUCAUGCUAUGGUCUUAAGCAGUUAAAAAUAUCAAGGCAUUACUUUAUUAUAUAUGCAAUUAGUACCAGAAAUCUGUAUCAGUGUUUGCAUUUGAUAAAAUUAUAAUGAUUUAUUUUCUUUAAUCUUGAAUAUUUGUUUUAGCAAGAAUAAUAUUUUACACUUCAAUGAAUUUAGCAUUUGCAACUUGUAUAUUUUUCUGAUUGAAUUAUUUCUCACGUAUACUUUAGUAAAAUGCAAUCAACUUGAAAUUUAUUGAUCUGUAUAAAUUAAAGAUUGAUUUUUUUAAACAUUUUACACAUUGAUUAUGUGUACAUUUUAAAACUGAUUAAUUGCAUCAAGUGAUUCUAUAUGUAAAAGGAAACUGUACUUAUCUAUCACAUUUUUUAAUUUCCAUUAAAUAAGGCAGUGUCUUUACAAGUACGAUUAUUUAUUCAGUAUGUACAAUUAGCACAUUUUUCUUGUUUCAUUCUUAAAGUUAUAUCAAAGAAAAAGGAUUAAUAUACCUUUCAUUUAUAGAUUUAUUAAAUUUCUAUCGAGGAUAUUAAUUGCAUAUAAAUGGCACUGUUUUCGCUUUUACAAUAAUACUUAAAGUAUAAUGUUACUUGUAAAUACAGACACAAGUUAAAGUGAAUUCAACAUUUUCUUUUUUACAUAAUAUGCAAAGAAGUGCGUGCUUUACACGAUCUGUAGUAUGAAGUAGUAACUUUUUACAUGUAAUUUGUAUGUCCAUUAGAGGAAUAAGAACCAAUGCUCGUGCGAAUUUAGGAAUUUUUCAUAUGUAGAAAUAGACAUUUUUCAGAUUUAUAUAACAUAACAAAUUAAUCCAUUCAUUAUAUAAUACAACACAUUUUGCAAGGCAGUUAUGCAAUUGGCAAACUAAUAUAAUGUAAUGACAUGUGCACAAAUAUUGGAAGUCUUGACUGUCUCGAGUCAUUGUGAUAUUAGUUUAAGAAUAUUAAGUAUAUAAUGAUAUAAAUAUUAAUAACUAGGAGUAUAAUGAAUAUUUUUUUAAUAAUGCCUCACAUAAGGGAGUCAUAUCAUGUGGACUCAAUAAGUAGAAUUUCUGAUUAUAUUAAUUUAAUACAGAAUAUUAACUUUGAUUCAAUUAAAUAUACUACAAUUAACAUGUUUCAUAUCUUAAUCUUGAGAAUUAAUAUAAUUUUGUGUACAUAAAUACUGUUAAAUUACCAAACUUAAUUAACAUGACAGCGAUAGUUUCGAAUUUGUGUAAAGGUUGAAACUUUAAUUGUCACACCAAUAUGUUCUGUUGUAUACCUAGUUUAUCGAAACCCACCGUCACCAAUAAAA